AUGAAGCUGUGGUCCCCACUGCGGGAGUCGCAGAUGCGGCCAGGUCCCCGGCACACCCUGCCUUCACGCUCUCUAAGGUUAGCUAUAACGUCCCUGAUCAAAAAGGUGAUCUACUCAGCGAAAGCCCCGAAGCCCCUUGGGGCCUACAGUCAAGCUGUGUUAGUCGACAGGACCCUUUACAUUUCGGGGCAGGUCGGCUUAGACCCUGCGAGUGGACGGCUAGUGCCAGGAGGGGUAGUAGAAGAAACAGAACAAGCUCUCACCAACAUGGGCGAAAUUCUGAAAGCAGCGGACUGCGACUUCAGCAACGUUGUAAAAACAACUAUCUUCUUGACUGACAUAAACGAUUUUGCUGCUGUCAACGAAAUCUACGGGCAGUAUUUCAAGAGUCAUUUUCCGGCUCGAGCUGCCUACCAGGUCGCUGCUUUGCCCAUAGGAGCCCGAGUGGAGAUCGAAGGAGUGGCUGUCAAAGGGCCUUUCGCAACACUGUGACUCUGAGCGGCACAGUGCUGUCUCCUCCCUGGGAAUUUCCAUCUUGGCUUUGGAUCAAUAGCUCAAUUCUUCAUUUUUUUGUUUUUGUAUCUUAAUUCUUAUAACCCAUGUUAGAAAGAGCAAGUGUGGCUAAACUACUCGAUGUUCAGGAAAUUCCACCUCAGGGAGAUUUGACAUGAGUGGGAGGCUAGGUGAUGAAUCCAUUGGUGCUGGGGGGCUUCCGCUCAAGCGCACUCACCCUGCACGGGGUGCCGGUGCC